CUCCCUCUCUGCGAUGGCCAAUGACAUAGCACCGCACGCACCUCUCUCUCCGGAUCAGCACGACACAGACAGACAGACAGACGCCGUCCAAUACACGUGAUGUGUACAGCGGCACGCACACAAAUAUGUUGACACACAUACAGACUUCUGAUGACCCCCCGGCAGGCCAGGCCCUCCUCCCUCCAUAAGUUCGCCUCUCUCCAGUCAGUCAGUCAGGGCAGAGAAAAACGCUUCUGUGUCUGUCUCACUCCACGAUCCAUACCGUACCAUAACACACAAUGCAAUACAAGUGCGCACUUGCACAGACGGAAAGAUAUACAUACACACUCACUCGUGAGGACACCAAGACACCCAUCACAGACACAUAGACAUCUCACUUGCUGCCGCCCUUGCCGUCGACGACUGAGGGUGGGCCACCGGCGCCCUUGCCCUUCUUGCCGCCUCGGCCUACACCAACCACACACACAGACACACAGACACACGGACACACAGACAGACAGACACAGACAUGUGAGCUCGUUUGGCUAUUGUGUGUGCCCUGCUUGAUGGCCUACCCGGAUGUGUGGGCUGACGGCCGGCCCCAUUCUCCAGACGGGCGAUGCGGGCCUGGAGGUCUUGGAUGACGGACAUCUGCGUGAAGAUCAGCUGGGUCAGGUCAAUCGUCGUGUGCUUCGUCGGCCGCCCUUUGCCACCCUCCUCCGGCUGAUCAUCGUCUUCGAAUGUUUCCACUGCCGAUGGGAAGAGGCGGCUGACGUCCUGGGCGGCCAGCGUCAGCCUGUUGUGUGGGUCGCUGUGCACAGGCAGCUGCCUGAAGGCCUCGUACGCCGAUGAUCGAUUCCUCCCGCCCCACUCUGCGAAGGAUGACGGCGGCUGAUUGUCGGUGUCGCUCAGCUCAAAAGCCCUCGAAAUGGCCCGCCCGCGAACAAACAAACUGUCUCCGACAAACACAUCGUCCCCAGCGUUCACGUCACCGAUACCACCAAACGUGGCGCCGGCAGUUCUCAAUUCUGCGCCGAGACAACAGCAACACACACGAGGGCGGAUAAUGUCUGUGCUAUGUUGCUUACGUCUGACAAACGUAUUCGCACCGAUGGCCGAUAUGCUGCGACCCGAGACAGUCAGGCUCCCUGCUGCCACGAUGUUGCCAUCUCCGCCAGUAUCCCCCACGUUAGGGUCACGCCUGCCGACAGUUAUGCCUGGAAAGACACAGACACACACCCAAAACACCACACAGAGUGCAGCGGGCGACGGGACCUGGUGCUCAUCGUUACUUACUAUUGGCUUUCACUUCACCACGGGUAGACAUAUUGCGAAUUGCAACCACAUCGCGAAAGGCCCUCACGUCCCCUUCGGCUUCCACAUCGAGGAAGGCUCUCACAUUCUGAUCGGUUCUCACGUCAGCCGCAGCCACCACUUCACCGUCAAGAACCCGGCGGCUCUGAGGGUCCCCAGCCACCAAGCCUGCAUGAAGCCAACAGGAACACACGCGAGCGGGAUAAAUAAGGCAUCUGUGUUAUUCUCCGUGUAUGCUUACGUACGGGUGCAGUUGCCAACUAUGUCAGGUUCGCAUUCGGCGUGAGCCCCGGGAAGGGUGUAGACGGCGAGGCACACAGCGACGAGGAGAGAAAGGCGGAGGGCGACCACUGACACCAUGAUGCGCAAGAGAGAGGGCGGGAAGCGAGGUUAUGGGCGCAAGAGAAUUCGGCAAGGAAGGAAGAGAUUUGGGCGCGAAGCACUCGUCGGUCUGCCGAUCGACG